GCACUGCUGCACUUGCCCGCUGUGCUGGAGCACAGACAGAAACUCCUGCCUGCAGCAAGCAGAGACCCGGACAGAGACGAGAGGGAUUAAAUCACUAUCCCAAUAUAUAUUUGGUGUGGGCUUUGUGUGCCAUGGUGAAACAGCGACGCACCCGAGCGCGUUCCUGUUGCGCAGAUGUUGCUCGCCUAUGUUGCAGAAGGGGACCACUGAAGACUCUUACAGAGCCUGCCAUCUUUGCCAGGGAGACCAGUUGUGAUUGUCGUGCCCCUCAUGAGAAACUCACCAUCUCCCAGGCCCGCAGAGGCACCCCAGUCGACCGGCCAGUCAGAGUCUAUGCAGAUGGCAUUUUUGACCUGUUCCAUUCUGGCCACGCUCGCGCUCUCAUGCAGGCCAAGAACCUCUUCCCCAACACCUACCUCAUAGUAGGAGUGUGCAGUGAUGAGCUGACCCAUAAGUACAAGGGUUUCACGGUCAUGACAGAGAUUGAACGGUACGAGGCGCUGAGACACUGCCGCUAUGUCGAUGAAGUUUUGAGAGACGCACCUUGGACGCUCACACCCGAAUUCCUUGAGAAACACAAGAUCGAUUUUGUGGCUCAUGAUGAUAUACCAUACUCCUCAGCAGGAAGUGAGGACGUUUAUAAACACAUCAAGGAGGCAGGAAUGUUUGUGCCUACACAGCGGACAGAGGGAAUCUCAACCUCAGACUUAAUUACUAGAAUUGUCAGAGACUAUGAUGUCUACGCACGACGCAACCUCCAACGCGGUUACACAGCCAAGGAGCUCAACGUCAGCUACAUCAAUGAAAAGAAGUACCGGCUGCAGAACCAAGUGGACAGAAUGAAGGAAAAGGUUCGCACCGUUGAGGAGAAGAGCAAACAUUUUGUUUACCGUGUGGAGGAGAAGAGUCACGAUCUCAUUCAGAAGUGGGAAGAGAAAUCUAGAGAGUUUAUCGGCAACUUCCUAGAACUUUUUGGACCUGAUGGGACUUGGAAACAGGUGUUUCAGGAGCGCAGUGGACGAAUGCUGUCCUACGCUCUGUCACCCAGGGAGUCGCCCUGCAACAGCCCUCCCCGUGAACUGUCCCCCCUGCGCUCUCCCUCUCCCCCGUCUCCCCCUGCCCGCUGGCACAAUGCACGGCCUUCGCCCCCAGCUUCCCCUAAAGGAGCAUCUGCCUCUAUAAGCAGCAUGAGUGAAGGAGAUGAGGAUGAGAAGUAGAUGGACUGUGGGGACACACAAUAUACAUACAAACACAAACACAACCACAAAAACACACACACACACACACCACUCACAGUACACUGCCUGAGAACUGCUUACAUGUGCGCAAACACACUUGUACACACACAAACACACAUGCAUAUAUAUAUAUAUUCUCCUACAAACACUGGCUGGAUACUGAAACCUCAAUGAAAGCUGCAAAUAUGCAAGGCAGACGGUGAUCAUGGGAAACGUAGUCCUGUGCUGCUGAGCUAAGAAGCCAUCACUGUCUCUGUUGUCUGAGCGACCACGCGGGCAGAGAGGAGAUGAAGAUGAAGGUUCAUGCACACAGUGUCUCACAUCGUUUGAAAGUCGAGAAUCCUUUGUGGCACCUAUUCGUGAGGAUUUGCUUUGGAUUGUCCAAUGCUGAUAGAGACUGCUCAUCACACCACCUCAUUGUUUUUUUGUCCAAUUCUGUUCAGUUUAGCAUUUUCUCUUUAAGAUGCCAAGAUUUCUUGCAUCUACAGCGACCGCUAGAUGUGAAUAGGCACAAAGUUACAGAACAUUGUGUGUGGCAUUCAGUACUUCAGCUGUGAACUGACGGGAACUGGAUUCAUUCAUCACUGUGUCAGGUUUGUGUUUGUUAAAUUGACAGUUAAAGGAAUAAAAGGAGAGACACUGCAAACCCUAGAAUAGUUGGAGGUGAUCCUUUUGACAACCUCUUGGCACUCAAACACACCGUCAGUGCUAGUUUGUCGGCACCUUUUCUAGCUUAAAUAAUUGGCAAAGGAACCUAAAAUUCAGUGAUUCACGAUCUUUGAUUCACAUUUUCUCACGCCACAGUCAUGACCACCUUUAAAGACGGAUUAAAACUAAUCCCUAAAAUAUUCAUAGAAGAUUCUCUGUAAGAAAUAUAAAUGAGCCUGGUGGAAAAGUAGUCUAUAUAUUCCUAAAAUGCAACAAAAAAUUAGAUGAUUGGUGCAAAAACAACUCAUAUCAAGCAAUAGAGCCCUUGUAUUGAAAAAUGAACGUUAAAAUAAAAUGUUUUGAAAUGAUCUCUACUCUAAACUUUAAAAGGAGCCUCUAAAGAUAUAUAAAAAUGCCUGUUAGAUAGUCCCGUAAAACUUGAAAAAUAGCCUUUAUUUAUUAGCUUCUUGAAUGUAAAUGUGAGUCUUCGAGACCACACAUGCCUAGGGAGUAAAUUUAAUCACUUUUAAUUUGUUGUCACAUAAUAUAAAAACACGUAGAUCCCUCGUCACCACAGUCAUUUAGUAGGCGACACAAUUAUCACGCAUUAUGUAUUUUCACCAGGAAAAGCCAUGCAUUUUUGACAGUUUUCCAUGUUUUAUCAGUCCGUGUUUAGAAGACAUUUUUGCUCUUUGGAAAAUGAUGUCAGCUGUGAAUCAAACCUGGCAAACAUGGAGAUAGAUGCAGCCUUUCUCCAGGACUCUGAUGAUACUUGAACUAUACUACUGUAAUACUACUGUAAUCGAAGCCCUCCAGGGGAACCAUCAGGUCCUCAAAAGCCGGAGCGUCACCCUAACGUUUUCUUUGCUUUUAUUGGAAAUGUAUGUAACGACUCUUUUGCUCAGGUCUGCUCACCAGUGACCCAUCCCAGGCCAGAGCACCCCCCACCCCCGUUCCCCUCCCACAAUACAAUACCCUAAUGCAACGUAGAGACCUUAAUGUCCUGUACGCACUACAUGUUAAUCUGCACUAUAUGUAAAAAAAAAAAACUAAAAAAAAAACUUUGAGAAUGUGUCUUUUUUUAUUUUUUAAAUU